AUGGCUAGCUCUUUAUACUUCCACGAUAUAUCAAGUCGUACUCCCAUUCUUAAUCUCAUCGUCGCUUUUUCGAGUCUCGACAGAGUAGAACAACGCUUGCAAGUUAUGGCAAACUACUGUGGAGAUGCGUACGAGCAAAAACUUGCAGCUCAGAUCUACAAAGAGACAAGUGACUCCCAGAAUAUGACUACGCGCUUGAUUCACGCGUUCUUUAUAUUCCUACAUGCUAGAUGA